AUGACCCAGCAGCAGCAGCCACCGCAGAGUCAAAAGGCCCUGGUCGGCACGACGGAAGGCGCCAUCGGCCUCGUGCACGACGCGCCGGUGCCGCAGGCCACGGGCGACAGCAUCGUCGUCAAGGUCGCGGCCGUGGCCGUCAACCCGGUCGACAGCAAGCUGGUGGGCGACUACGUGACCCCGGGAGCGGCCGCGGGCUUCGACUACGCCGGCGUCGUCGUCGCGCUGGGGCCCGAGGCCACGCAGUUCGGCUGGAAGGUCGGCGACCGCGUGUGCUCGGCCGUGUCGGGCAUGAACGCGAACACGCCCGAGAUCGGCGCCUUUGCAGAGUACACGUCGAGCCCCGAGUGGUUCCUCUGGCGCCUGCCCGACGCCUGGACGUUCGAGCAGGGCGCGUCCAUGGGCAUCAGCUGGCUGACGGCGGGCAUGGCGCUGUUCCACACCCUCAACCUGCCGGGGCGCCCCUUUGCGCCCAGCCCGAAGCCCAUCCAGGUCUUCGUGUUUGGCGGCUCGUCGUCCACCGGCGUCUGCGUCAUCCAGCUGCUCAAGCUCGCCGGCUUCGAGGUCAUCACGACCUGCAGCCCGCACAACUUCGACUACGUCCGCUCCUUUGGCCCGGACCACGUGCUCGACUACAAGGCCGACGACGUGGUCGCCCAGAUCAAGGCCCUGACGAAAAACGGCCUGCGCUGGGUCGUCGACUGCAUCUCCACCACGAGCAGCAUGCAGUUCUGCUACCAGGUCGUCGGCCGCGCGGGCGGCCGCUUCGUCACGCUCGAGCCCUUCAGCGAGGCCGUCGCGCAGACGCGCAAGAUCAUCAAGGCCGACUUUGUCAUCUCCCCGAACCUCCUGGGCGAGGUCACCUGGCCCGAGCCCCACUACAAGCCCGAGAACAAGGAGGUGAUCGAGUUUGGCCGCGAGCUGGUGGCCAUCGUCAACCAGCUACUAGAGAAGGAAUUGAUUCGGCCGCACAAUCUUCUGGUGCGCAACGAUGGGCUCGAGGGCAUUUCGCAAGGGUUGAAGGACAUCCGGGAGGGCAAGAUGUCUGGCAAGAAGCUCAUUUACGUGUUGUGACAUGGUAAACUGCGAUGAAAAACGGUUGGAAAAGAUUUCGCAACCCGUGUUAUUUGUAAAUAUAGCAUAGCAUUUAAGUACUUCCAA